AUGACUAAACAAAAUUUGUCUGUGGCUACAAAAGUCAUACUUCUACUAGGAAUAAUUCUAUUCACUGUUCUUCCCUUAACCAUAUCAGAAAUACAAGGCAGCACAGAUUUUACUAUCUACGACCAUAAUGUUAGAUAUGCUGCAUCACGAAUCAAAAGAUCAUCGAAGGAAUUAUCAUGGAGUGAAAGAAAGAAUGGAGUAAUCAAUGCCAUCAAAUCAGAAACCAAGGACUAUCCCUCAUUGGUUGGUCUUCAAGAAACAGAUCUCAGUCAAUUGAAAGACAUUUUACAAGGACUAAAUGAAGAUGAGUCUAUAAGCAACAACUGGAAAUACUAUGGAUGUGGAAGAAAUGAUGGUAAAGAAAAAGGUGAAUACUCCCCAAUAUUAUACAAAGAAUCGGAUUGGAAAUUAAUCCUGGGAAGUACAAAAUGGCUAAGCCUAACACCAGACAAACCUUCCAAGUAUCCAGGUGCUGACAAAAAUCGAAUAGUUACCAUCACUACAUUCAUGCAUCGCUCCUCAGGUAAGGUCGUCAACUUUCUCAAUACCCACUUGGAUCACAAAUCAAAGGAAGCACGAGAGUAUAGUGCAAAUCUAAUACUGGACUACAUCAAACAAUUACCACAUAAAUUCCCCACUUUUUUAAUUGGAGAUUUCAAUUCAAAAGAAUCAGAUGUCGCGUAUGAUAUUAUAUCUGAUACCAUGUUAGACUCAUCAAAAGUAUCGGAAAUUGUAAGUGGCUCUGAAUUGGAUACAUUCUCUGGAUUUGGAAAUAAGAAAGAGUUUAACAUUGACUUCAUCUGGUCCUUUAAUUCCUCAGAUUCAUACUCUACUGUAACUCCAACUUCAUAUACUGUAAUUGACAAUUAUAUGGAAAAUGGAUAUCGAUUCAGUGACCAUAGACCAAUAGUAGCUAGAUACCUCAUAUAG